GCAUAAGGGUAGUGUGUGUGCAAUGAUGGGUAUCAUGGCGUUGCCACUCGUCAUCUCCGUUCUUAAACCCCACGCCCCGCGCCUCUCACUGUUCCGCCACGCCAACCCCACACUCCUCCUCCGCCGCCGCAGCCGCCAAUUCACUGCCGCCUCCGCCGCCACCACUCCUCCUCCUCCUUCCCUCUCACACCACUCUUCUUCUUCUUCUUCCUCAACAAACCCGAACAUUCACGCCCACAAGGCCUCAUCCCUCACCUUCCAGCAAGCAAUUCAGCGCCUUCAGGAAUAUUGGGCUUCCGUUGGAUGUUCCAUAAUGCAAUGCAGCAACACUGAGGUUGGAGCUGGGACUAUGAAUCCUCUUACAUAUUUAAGGGUUCUUGGUCCAGAACCAUGGAAUGUUGCGUAUGUGGAACCUAGCAUCCGCCCUGAUGAUAGUCGAUAUGGAGAAAACCCAAAUAGGCUCCAAAGACACACUCAAUUUCAGGUGAUAUUGAAGCCUGAUCCUGGAAAUUCACAGGACCUUUUUAUCCACAGCCUUUCAGCGAUAGGUAUUGAUGUGACUGCACAUGAUAUACGGUUUGUGGAGGACAACUGGGAGAGUCCGGUUCUUGGUGCUUGGGGUUUGGGCUGGGAAAUCUGGAUGGAUGGGAUGGAGAUUACUCAGUUCACCUACUUUCAGCAGGCUGGAAGUCUACAGUUAUCACCUGUAUCUGUAGAAAUCACUUAUGGCCUUGAGCGUAUCCUCAUGUUACUGCAGGGAGUUGAUCACUUUAAGAAGAUCAAAUAUUCUGAUGGAAUCACAUAUGGAGAGCUGUUCUUGGAGAAUGAAAAGGAAAUGAGUGCAUAUUACUUGGAGCAUGCCAGUGUUGAUCGUGUCCAAAAACAUUUUGAUUUCUUUGAGGAGGAAGCUCGUUGUUUACUUUCUUCAGGCCUUGCAAUCCCUGCGUAUGAUCAGCUUCUGAAAACAUCUCAUGCUUUUAAUAUCUUAGACUCUAGAGGCUUUGUUGGAGUAACAGAGCGCGCUCGAUAUUUUGGUCGCAUGCGUAGUUUAGCUCGCCAGUGUGCACAACUUUGGUUGAAGACUAGGGAGAUGCUUGGCUUCCCCCUUGGCUCCAUCUCUGAAACUGAUCAUUUUGAUUUGCCAAAAGAAGUUGUGGAGGUUGCAUGUGAAAAGGUGCAUGAUCAUUCAAGAGCAUUUGUUCUUGAAAUUGGAACUGAGGAGAUGCCACCUCAAGAUGUUGUUGAUGCAUGCAAGCAACUGAGAGAUUUAAUGUUGCAAUUACUUGAACGGCAGAGGCUAAAGCAUGGGGAAGUGCAAGUUUUUGGCACCCCACGUAGAUUAGUGGUUACUGUUGAAAAUCUUUUCACAAAGCAAGCAGAAAUGGAGGUUGAGGUUCGAGGUCCUCCUGUUUCAAAAGCAUUUGAUCAUGAAGGAAAUCCAACAAAGGCCAUAGAGGGUUUUUCCCGUAGAUACUCUGUUCCACUGGACUUGAUAUACAGAAAGGUUGAUGGGAAAACAGAAUAUGUUUAUGCUCUUAUAAAGGAGACUUCAAGACAUGCUUUGGAGGUUUUGUCUGAAGAUUUGCCUGCUACUAUUGCUAAAAUUUCAUUUCCAAAGACAAUGCGUUGGAAUUCUCAGGUGAUGUUUAGCAGGCCUAUCCGUUGGAUUUUAGCCCUGCAUGGAGAUGUAGCAGUCCCAUUUAUGUUUGCUGGGGUGACGAGUGGAAACUUGUCUUGUGGUCUUCGUAAUACUUCUUCAGCCGCUGUUCAGGUAGAAAGUGCAGAAUCAUAUUCAGUUGCAAUGAAAAAUGCAGGAAUCAAUGUUGCAGCUGAGGACCGCAAGAAAAUUAUUUUUGAGCAAUCUAAUGCAUUAGCAGAAAGUGUCAAUGGCCAAAUUCUUAUUCCAAAAGGUUUGCUUGACGAGGUUGUAAAUCUUGUUGAGGCACCUGUUCCAGUGCUUGGAAAGUUUAAAGAAACCUUCUUACAUCUUCCGAAAGAUCUUUUGACUAUGGUUAUGCAAAAGCACCAGAAGUAUUUUGCUGUAUGUGAUGCUAAUGGACAAUUGUUGCCUUACUUUAUUGCUGUUGCGAAUGGAGCAAUUGAUGAGACUACAGUGAGGAAAGGAAAUGAAGCGGUGCUCAGGGCUCGCUAUGAAGAUGCUAAAUUCUUUUAUGAGAUGGACACUCGUAAAAGGUUUUCAGAAUUCCGAAAUCAACUGAAAAAUAUUCUCUUUCAUGAGAAGCUUGGAACCAUGCUGGAUAAGAUGACUCGUGUUGAAAACAUGGUUACUAAGUUGAGUUGCAUACUGGAUAUCAAUGAAGAUAUGCAACAAAUAAUCCGAGAUGCUGCCUCACUUGCUAUGUCUGAUCUGGCCACUGCAGUUGUCACUGAAUUUACCUCACUUUCAGGAAUAAUGGGGCGUCACUAUGCCCUUAGAGAUGGAUACUCAGAGCAGGUUGCAGAGGCCUUACUUGAGAUCACACUUCCUAAAUUUUCUGGGGACGUACUUCCUAAAAGCGAUGCUGGCAUAGUUUUGGCUAUUGCAGACAGAUUAGAUAGCCUGGUAGGUUUAUUUACUGCUGGCUGCCAACCUAGUUCCACAAAUGAUCCAUUUGGUUUGCGAAGAAUAUCAUAUGGUCUUGUACAAUUAUUGUUGGAAAAGGAUAAAAACCUAGAUUUUAAAGAGGCUCUGGAACUUGCUGCAGAUGUCCAGCCCAUUGAAGUAGAUUCUCAUGUAAUAGAUGAUGUACAUCAAUUUGUUACUCGAAGAUUAGAGCAAUAUCUGGUUGACAAGGGGGUGAAUCCAGAAUUUGUUCGUUCCAUUCUUGCAGAGAGAGCAAAUUUUCCCUGUCUAGCGGCAAAAUCAGCAUAUAAAAUGGAAGAAUUAUCAAGAGGCAAGCUUUUCCCUAAAGUAGUUGAAGCAUACUCUCGGCCAACAAGAAUUGUCCGUGGGAAAGAAGAUGAACUUCAUAUGGAGGUGGAUGAGGCUGUUCUUGAGACAAAUGAAGAGAGAGUUUUAUGGAGCACGUUUUUGUCAGUUAAAAAGAGUAUCAAUCCUGGUCUUGACUUAGAUGAUUUUGUUGAUAUUUCAUCUCAGCUAAUACACCCGCUUGAGGAUUUCUUUAAUAAUGUCUUCGUAAUGGUGGAUGAUGACAAGAUCAGAAAGAAUAGGCUAGCUCUGCUAAAAGGGAUUGCUGAACUCCCUAGAGGAAUAGCAGACCUUACAGUUCUACCAGGAUUUUAAGGAUUGGUGAGCUUAUUAUUUAUUUCCCAUAGGAUAGGCAAUAUAUUUUUAGGCUCCAAAGGUCUUUAACCAUUUGGCCGUAUUUAUAUUUUCUUAAUUUUUUCUGGCCAAGUUGAGUAUCUAAUUUUUUGUAGCUAUGUAUUAUAUAACCUGUUCGUAAUAUU